AUUUUGAUGUUUUGUAUUUUGUUUUUAUGUUUAAUUUUACUAAAAUGUGAGUUGAACAUUAAAUGAUUUAUGUUUAGAUGCAUUUACUAGAUGAGUUAAAUCCUAAAUUUCAGUGUUAGAAUUUAAUUUAGACUCUAAAACUAUAAACCCUAACUUCAAGUUAGUAUCAAUUCUAAAAAUAUCAUUUUUACUCAAAAUCUAUUUCCAGAAUCUAUUUUUGCCACUCUAAAGGAGAAACCAAACAUAGACUUGAUUUUCUUGAGUAUAUUUCCUUUGAAGAAAGAGCCAUUGAACUUCAUGAUAAUUGCGAUUUUAGAAUCCUUAAUCCUUGCGAUUUUAGAAUUCGAGUUGUGACAACCAUGGUUUUAAAUUGCGGUUACGGUUGCGGGUGUUGCGAAUGCGGUCAUUGUGCUUGUUGCGACAUUGCGGCCGUUGCGGUGUGAAUUUUUAUAGGAUGGAAGCCCUUGCUGUUACAGUCUUGGAAAAGUUGAGCUCUUCAGUUUACAAAGAGCUGGGAAUCAUUUGGAAUCUCAAAGAGGAUAUCGAAAAAAUGAAGAACACAAUAUCUUUGAUAAAAUCCGUGCUCCUUGAUGCAGAGACCAAAACCAAUAAUCAUCAAGUUAGUAAUUGGUUGGAGGAGCUGAAAGAUGUACUUUAUGAUGCAGAUGAUUUACUAGAUGAUUUUUCCAUUGAAGAUUUGAAAGGAAAAGUGAUGGAUAGAAACACAAAAGUAAAACAGGUACUACAUUUCUUCUCAAAAUCAAACAAAAUUGCCUAUAGUCAUAAAUUAGGCCAUCGAAUGAAAGCUAUCCAGAAGAGACUAGAUGGCAUUGCUAAGAAUAAGCAUGCACUGCAACUAACCGAUCGCCCUAUGGAGAAUCCAAUUGUAUAUAGGGAGCAAAGACAAACUUACUCUUUUGUGAGUAAAAAUGAAGUUAUUGGAAGAGAUGAUGAAAAGAAAUGUAUUAAGCAUUAUCUAUUAGAUACCAAUGCAACAUAUAAUGUUUCUGUAAUUCCCAUAGUUGGGAUUGGAGGAUUAGGUAAGACCGCACUUGCUCAGCUGGUCUACAAUGAUAAUGAUGUUCAGAAGCAUUUUGAGCUAAAAAUGUGGGUGUAUGUUUCUGAUGAAUUUGAUAUGAAGAAAAUAGCUCAGGAGAUCAUUGGGAAUGAAAAGAAUAGUCUGAUGGAGCAAGUGCAACAACAACUUAGAAACAAAAUUCAAGGGAAAAAGUUUUUGCUUGUGUUAGAUGACAUGUGGAACGAGGAUCGUGAAAUUUGGCUUAAGUUGAAGAGCUUGUUCGUGGAAGGAGGAAGGGGAAGCAUGAUAAUUGUUACAACGCGUAGUCAGACUGUGGCAAGAAUAGCGGGCACACAUCCACCUCUUUUGUUAGAGGGUCUGGAUUAUCAAAAAUCUAUGAAGCUGUUCUCCCGAGUCGCUUUCGGCGAGUUAAAAGAACAAAAUGAUUUGGAAUUGUUAGCUAUAGGAAGGGACAUUGUUAAAAAAUGUGCUGGCAUUCCCCUUGCUAUAAGGACUAUUGGAAGCCUUUUGUUUUCUCGAAAUUUGGGGAGGACUGAUUGGCAAUAUUUCAAGGAUGUUGAGUUUUCGAAGAUAGAUCAACACAAGGACAAAAUAUUUUCAAUCCUUAAACUGAGUUAUGACCAUCUUCCCUCAUUUCUAAAAAAAUGCUUUGCUUAUUGUUCAUUGUUUCCAAAAGGUUUCGUGUUUGACAAAAAAACACUCAUUCAGUUAUGGGUAGCUGAGGGGUUCAUUCAACAAUCAAAUGAUAUUAGAUGCGUAGAAGAUGUUGGUCAUGAGUACUUCAUGAGUUUGCUGUCAAUGUCCUUCUAUCAAGAUGUCACUAUGGACGAUUGUGGCGGCGUAAGUACUUGUAAAAUGCAUGACCUUAUGCAUGACCUAGCACAGCUAAUAGCCGGGCAUGAAUAUGCAGUGGUUGAAGGAGAAGAAGCAAUCAAUGUAAACCGAACGCGUUAUUUGUCGUCUCGUUCUGCAUUACAGUUCGGAUCACAAUCACCAUCUUCCUACAAGUUAAGGACAUUUCAUUUGCAUCCACAAAUGAAUGCAGGCAAUUAUAUGGAUCAAUCGUAUGUUCUUUCCUUUUCACGACUAAAGAUGUUACGUGUGUUGACACUUUCUGGGCUGAAUAUUGUUGCGAUCCCAAAUAGUAUUGAAGAGAUGAAGCAUUUAAGAUAUAUUGAUCUAUCACUGAAUAUUGCACUUAAAGAUCUUCCGCCGGGCAUUACUAGCCUGCAGAACUUGCAAACUCUAAAACUUUCUGAAUGUUAUAAUCUCGAAAUAUUACCAGAAAAUAUUAAUAAAAGUCUCAGGCAUCUUGAAUUGAAUGGUUGUGAGAGAUUGACAUGUAUGCCACAAGGGUUGGGACAGUUGACCAAUCUUCAAACACUAACAAAUUUUGUAUGUGACAAAGGAAGUACAGGUGUUAAUGAGCUGAUUGACCUAAACAACCUUAGAGGGAGACUAGAAAUCAAAGGGUUGGAUUCACUUCGAAAUAGUGCUGCAGAGAUUGAAUAUGCAAAAGUACUUAUUGAGAAGAAACACCUUCAACAAUUGGAAUUGCGGUGGACUUACGAUGAUGAUUUCAAUCCAUGGCCAUCACAGCCCAAAAGGGCCGAGUUACGGUUGGAAGAUGAGAUGGUUUUAGAAGCUCUGCAGCCACACCACUCACUUCAAAAGCUAGUUAUAGAUGGAUUUUGUGGCAAAAGGUUACCGGACUGGAUAGGGACUCUCUCGUCGCUCUUGACUGUUGAGAUCCACAAUUGCACGUUUUUGACAUCACUACCUGAAGCAAUGUGUAACCUUGUCUCUUUGCAAAAGCUUUGCAUGUAUAAUUGCAUACCAUUGGAGAAAAUUUAUGCAAAACCAUAUGGUCAAGAAUGGCCAAAAAUUUCUCACAUUCGAGAAGUUGAGAUCCUUCCUAUGAGACCAUCAUUACUCAAGUAUUUUACUUGAGUAAAAUUUUCCUCAAUCAUGGAGGUGUUUCUGAAUCUGCUCUCUUAUUUCAAUCAUCAUUUUGACAUUGAGAUAAUGAUGCAAAUUCAAAUGGUUAAGGUAACUUUCUCUUCGCCUUUGUCUUCUUUUCGAUCUUAUACUUACAUACUCUAUUUAGUAUUGAUCUUGCUGCAAACUCUAUUUCGAAUGACGUCGAUGACAAACAAUAUCUCGGGUGCUCAAAUUAUUCAUCACUGUAUUGAUUAUCCAAGUUCUUGUUUGCUUUAUCAUGAAAGUAAAUUGUUGAAUAUGAAAAUCGCAAGUGUUAGGCUUCUUGCAAAUGCUUGCUAAUAAUUUCAUUAUAUGUGUUGUGCUUCUUUUAUUGUGCUUAUUUCUGAUCUUUUCUGUUUUGUUUUUUGCUUGGAAACUAAACUUUGAAGGAUAGAUUAUACUGUAAAAUAAGUAACAUUUUAGAUAAUGAGUUGAUAUAUGUGAUCAUGAUGUACUAACCUGUUGGGAUUUUCAUAACUUUUGGGUUUGUGGUAGUUGAAGAGAGUUGAUAAUAUA